AUGUUGUCCCGCGCAAUCUCGCGUUCGCGAUCUCGCCUGCUGGGAGCGUGUCAGUCGGCCGUCGCCGUCGCGACCGGCAAUGCUGCCGCCAGGCCGACAACUGGUUUCACCGCAGCUUGGCUAGACAGCAAUGCUCCUGCACAUUCAAGAGGGUCGGCGACGGAUGCCUUGCCAGCCGCUACUGCUCCCACCGGUGUUGCAAACUUCAAGAGGCCCGCCGUGCUGGCUCUGGAGGAGCGCGAGAGGCGCGCUCGCCUGGGAGGCGGGCAGCAGAAGAUCGACAAGCAGCACAAGGGCGGCAAGCUGACAGCGCGGGAGAGGAUCCAAGUGCUCGUGGACCCCGGGUCGUUUGAGGAGCUCGACAUGUUGGUGCAGCACCGAUGCCAUGACUUUGGCAUGGACAAGACUCACAUCCCUGGCGACGGUGUUGUUACUGGCAGUGCCACCAUCAACGGCAGGCUGGUGUUCCUGUUCAGCCAGGACUUCACAGUGUUCGGUGGCAGUCUGUCAGAGACGCAUGCUGCUAAGAUCAUCAAGGUCAUGGAGAAAGCCAUGAAGGCUGGCGCGCCUGUGAUCGGUCUGAACGAUUCAGGAGGGGCUCGUAUUCAGGAGGGGGUGCACUCCCUUAGCGGCUAUGCCAAGGUCUUCCAGCUUAACGUGCUCGCAUCUGGAGUCAUCCCUCAGAUCUCGCUCAUCAUGGGACCAUGCGCAGGUGGUGCUGUGUACUCGCCUGGCCUCACCGACUUUGUCAUCAUGAUGAAGGGCACGUCACACAUGUUUGUGACUGGGCCUGAUGUCGUGCGGCAAGUGACAUACGAGGAGGUCACUCAGGAGCAACUGGGAGGGGCAGAGGCGCACACCAAGUCGGGCGUGGUUCACAUGGCGUUUGACAACGAGAUGGAUGCCCUCGCUCGGGUGCGAGACCUGUUUGACUUCCUUCCUCUCAACUACAAGGAGCAGCCGCCCCGCCGCAUCAACUUUGACCCUCCCAACCGUGAAGUGCCGGCACUGGAGUUUGCAGUCCCCCGUGACCCCAACAUGGCGUAUGAUAUGAUGGGCAUCAUUGAGAAGGUGGUGGACGCGGGCCAGUUUUACGAGCUUCAGCCGGAGUUUGGCAAGAACAUGAUUGUUGGCUUUGCUCGCAUGGACGGAGGCUCAGUGGGAGUGGUGGCGAACCAGCCCAUGGAGCAGGCAGGGUGUAUCGACAUUGAUGCCUCUGUUAAGGCGGCUCGCUUUGUGCGCUUCUGUGACUGCUUCAACAUCCCCCUCGUUACCUUCGUGGACGUGCCUGGGUUCAUGCCAGGAACGAAGCAGGAGCAUGGGGGCAUCAUCCGGCACGGAGGCAAGCUGCUGUACGCGUAUGCAGAGGCCACGGUGCCCAAAGUGACUGUCAUCACCCGCAAGGCGUACGGUGGAGCAUACGAUGUCAUGAGCUCCAAGCAUCUGCGGGGUGAUGCCAACUUCGCCUGGCCCUCUGCUGAGAUCGCUGUCAUGGGCGCCAAGGGCGCGGCAGGGAUCCUGUUCCGUGGGCAGAAGGACAGGGAGGCCCAGAUGGCUGAGUACGUGGAGAAUUUCGCCAAUCCAUAUGCCGCUGCCAGCGCUGGCUUCGUGGACGCCGUGAUCAUGCCCCAGGACACGCGGAAGAUGCUGUGCCGCGAGCUGGACCGCCUCCGAACCAAGGAACUGAAGAACCCUCCCAAGAAGCACGACAACCUUCCACUCUAG